AUGGACGACAAUCGCCAGCCCCACCCUCCUCUCCAGCGCCCCUCAUCCUCCCACUCCUCCCGCCCCGUCGGCGCCGCACAGGACCCUCCCGAAGCACAGAUGGCAAAUGCUUCGAGACGCCGCCAGUGCGCCAACCCCUGCUCCAGCCCGCCCAUGGCCCCCAACCCGCUCCCGGACUGGUCCACCAGCGAGGACGUCGCGUCCGAGACCAACUUCUACGCCAAGCGGCCCGAGCGCGACGACUCGCUGUGGAAGCCCAACUGGCAGGGGGCCUCGUCCACGCCGAUGGAACCCUCUGUGAGCAACGAGGGCAGCGUGGGUCUCAACAUCCGCACCCCCAUCGCCUCACCCAAAGAACAGUAUUCAUUUGCGAGACCCAGCCCUGCGGCCUCGCCUGAAGAAAAGUGCCCGAACCCACACUCUUCUCUCCUGACGUCGACGCCGCUCAACCGCACAUGCUUGUCAGCCAAUCACUCCCCGUGCACCUCUCCCACCCCCCCUCCUGCCCAAAUGGCGUCUUCUGGCGUAAAGAAGCGUACAAGAUCCAACUCGCUGCCAUGCCCCAACCCUCCCAAGCGGCCCAAGACGAUUGCCUACCCUCCACCGACCCGCCCCCCGUCGCCUCGCAGCCUCAGACACCCCAUGCGUCCCCAGCACCCCUUCCGAGGUGCCCCAGCGCGAGAGGCCAUGUUUCACUGUGUCGUCGCAGGGCGCAGCCCGGCCAUCAACACAAAGAGCUUGAAGACGCUAGACGCAGUCGAGAUUCUGAAGAAUAAGCAACUGCGACAUGAUCUCCUGUUUGAUACUCUUGCCUUUCGCCCCGUCAACGCCGGGCCACAAGGCGAGGGCAAGGUUGGGCGUUAUGCGGGCGUGGUAUCUACAUCUGCGGUCCCUGUCGUCGAUCCUAGCACAUCAAACGUCGUCACCGAGCUGUAUUGGCAGAGUGUCGAUGCAGAGCUCAAAUGGGGCUGUCGAUGCACCAGGUGGUCGCUUCCCGAAGGCACUUCCAGCCUCAAGGGCGAUGCUCUCAGAAACCUGGUCAGAGUGCACAAGUGUCUCUGUGGUCAGUGGCGGCCAGAAUUGUCGGAGCGACAAUGGUGGGCAAAAACCAAGGCGUGGCCUUCCAGACUUCCCGAGCUCAUCAAAACAUUACGAGAAAUUCUCAUGUCUCUUAUGGGAUCUACCACCCCCUGUGCUGACCACUUUGCGCAUUCCUUCUCUCGUGAAGCUCUCGAAGCCCACGAGCAGACUUGCCCCACCGUCACCCACUCGCUUGUUCCUCACCUGCAAUCAGCUCUUGAUCCCGAGUUCUUGACCAUGCAGGUCCGCAGAGGCUCAUUCAAUAUCGAGCUCUUCAAGGUGCUUGGGAAUGCCAUGAGGGUGCACUGCGCCCCAGUGAGAGAUGGCUUGAUCGAUCGGAUGGUGGAGACUGCCAUGGCCGGUAAGAUCACCGAGGGGCUCAAGAUGUGCUUUGACUGUGCAGAGGUCAUGAAACUUGACAUUGCCAAUCACCAAGUUCACUCUCUUCGCCCCUACCUCUGGCAAAAUGCCGGUGCCCACGAGUACGCCGCCUUUGAGGAAACCCUCCUCGCAUCUCGCAGCACUUUUGCCACUUCCAAGACCCGCCGUUGGAUCAACCAGGCAUCUCUCCGCAUGCUCAAAGCUGCCUCCCCUGCCGAGCGUACGCACUUGAUUGGCAAGUGUGCUUGCGGGAACGCGAACGAGCUUGCUGCUAGAUCGGUGCUGGACGGCUUCCUCGAGCUUGUCUUUGAGCAAAAGUGUGGCGAGGGCAGAUGGCCACCACUCACUGCGAGGACCACUUCCACCGAGGCUCCCUUGUGGGAGGAUGGGUCUGGAAAUAUGGCUUCUUUGCCCGAGGUUCUGCAGAUGGACGGAAGAAGGAUCCGUGAUUUCCAUGCGAGCGUCGUCGAACUUGCGGCUACCCAUCUGGUCCUCAUGGCUAUACGAGAGCUCUAUAGAGCACAUACCCAAAGUCCAAACAAGGAAAUCUCAUCUGACACCUACAAUUUCUUCCUCUCCGACAUUCUCGAGUCCUUUGACCGCGUGUCCGCGACCACUCCUGGGCCUGUGGGCCAGGAUGAGCGGGACGCCAUCUACGACGAAUUGUCCUUUGCGCUCGCUCUUCGUGUCGUCCUGCCCGAUGAGAUGAAGCGCAUCUCGGAGGCCGAAGAGCUCAAAGACAUGCUCACUCCCGACAAACUUGCCCAUAUCCAUCCCGUCAAGGACCAGCUGUACAUGUUUCUCCGAAACAACAUCAGCAGAGAGUCCCAGAGGCUCCAAGACCACAUGCCUGUCAUGCGCAAGGUCCUGUACAAGGUCCUCACGGACGUAUUCAUGAGCUACCGAUUCAACCCCAAGAGCCUCUUCUUUGACGUUGCGGCGGACAAGUGCAAAUCGACCGACAAGGUCGCUGCCUCCUCGACAGGGCAAGAUCACCAAUCAAAGACAGGUUCUCCCCCGCCCAUGUGGAUCUUUUCCUCUGAUCUGCGAUUCAAAGCCAAUCGCGCUUCGCGCGCCGUUACCGCACGUCACGACGAGUGCUUGGAAACGUGCAAAGAGGAAGAGCUGUUGCUCAUCGCAAACCUUGGGCUCGAGGGCGUGGUCGGGCCAAUCAAGGAUAUUACCGAGAGGAUGGUGAGGCUGCUGGGUUUCAACCUGUCAGUCUUCAAGGAGGUGUAUCUGCGAAAGGGGUUCAUGGCUGGCUCGGGAAAAUGUGACCCUGUCAAUGAGCGUGGGCUUUGA